UUUAGUUCUUGGGCUGCUUCGAGUGAGCCUACUGAGCGGGGAGGGUGGUAUUGAAAGUUUUAAUUAGAAAAAUAUAUAGCGUAUAAUUGAUGAGUGCUAUAGGAAAAGAUAAUUGGGCAGGUACUAGAGUGAAGGCAGUUUUAAAUAGAGUUAUCAGGCCAGUGAGACCUGGCUUUUGAGCAGAGACUUGGGCGUGAGGAAUAGAACUGUCCAGACGUCUGAGUAUAAGUGCUCCAAACAGAGAACACCCAGUGUCUAGACCCCAAGGCGGAAAUGUAUCUGACUUGGAAGAGUUGCGGGAUGCUUUUGCAGAAUAGUGAACAGAGGAAGUAGGAGAUUGAGGGGCUUGAGUCGGAGACGCGGUUUCUAACUUCUCUUGGUAACACUGAGAAGCAAUAGUAAUUCCUGAAACCAUCAAGAAGAAAAAUGUCAGUGACACUGCAUACAGAUGUAGGUGACAUUAAAAUAGAAGUCUUCUGUGAGAGGACACCCAAAACUUGUGAGAAUUUUUUGGCUCUUUGUGCCAGUAAUUACUACAAUGGCUGUAUAUUUCAUAGAAAUAUCAAGGGUUUCAUGGUUCAAACAGGAGAUCCAACAGGUACCGGAAGAGGAGGUAACAGUAUCUGGGGCAAGAAAUUUGAGGAUGAAUAUAGUGAAUAUCUUAAGCACAAUGUUAGAGGUGUUGUAUCUAUGGCUAAUAAUGGCCCAAACACCAAUGGAUCUCAGUUCUUCAUCACCUAUGGCAAGCAGCCACAUUUGGACAUGAAAUACACAGUAUUUGGAAAGGUAAUAGAUGGUCUGGAGACUCUGGAUGAAUUGGAGAAGUUACCAGUAAAUGAGAAGACCUAUCGACCUCUUAACGAUGUACACAUUAAGGACAUAACUAUUCAUGCCAAUCCAUUUGCACAAUAGCUGUAACAGAUCUGGAGAAAUAUUUGGCAGACUAUUCAAGGAACACACCUAUUGUAGUUCACCCAGUUUUAAUUAUGUCAAAAGAUUACAUCAUCCUUCUGCCUGUUUAUAGCUAAGAUCUUCUAUGAGUUGGUGGUACCAUGGGGGCCCAAACAGCUUUUAUUGCAUUAAAGCAUAUUUUUUACCGUAA